AACAUAGUGCUCUGUUAUACAGCUUGUUUUAUAGCUUUUGAAAAAAAAAAAAUACACACAUAUAUAUGUAAAUCUUUAAAUAACAAUUUUGUGAUAAUUAGUGCAACUAAAUAAAUCCCAAACUAAGCCCAGUUAACAGCCAACAAACAAACCCCUAUAGCAUUUAGUAAAACAGUGAUAAUUUGUUAUGAACAUAAAAACAAAUCGAUCCAAGAAUCUCAACUUAUAUACAUCUAACAAACACCGUUACAACUCUAUGUACAUAUAUAUCCAACAAUAUAUUAAUAAUAUUAACUAGUUGUCAACAUUUUUCAAUACAAUUAGCUCCAAGUCUAAAUAAGUAAAAAAUGAAAAUCAAACGUGAAAGUCAUGAUGACGGUCCUCAUUCCGAAAAACGUAGCCGCCACGGAGACGAUCAAGUUCGUGUUCUAAUACCCAGUAAUAUUGCCGGUGCUAUUAUAGGCAAGGGCGGCCAACAUAUACAGAAGAUGCGCACACAGUAUAAAGCCACUGUGUCUGUCGACGAUUCCCAAGGCCCUGAACGAACAAUUCUGAUAUCAGCCGAACUGGAUGACACCAUGUCGAUUAUCACGGAAAUGAUGAAAUACUAUGAAGAGCGUGAUAAUGAAUUUGAUGUUCGUUUGUUAAUACAUCAGAGUUUAGCCGGUUGUAUAAUCGGUAAAGGCGGACAAAAAAUUAAGGAAAUUCGAGAUAAAAUUGGCUGUCGCAUUCUCAAGGUAUUUUCCAAUGUUGCACCCCAGAGUACUGAUCGUGUAGUCCAGACCGUUGGCAAGCAGAAUGAGGUUAUUGACGCCAUACGCGAGGUCAUCAGCUUGACCCGCGAGACUCCCAUCAAGGGCCCCGUCCAUAAUUAUGAUCCAUUGAACUAUGAUCGCAUGUAUGCCGAUGAGUAUGGCGGUUAUGGUAAUAUACCCGGCAGCAGUCGUCCCUCAAGGGAUGGCGGACGCCGCAGUGGCGCAGAUCGUGGCGACUAUGGCCGCGGUGGUGGGCGUAGCGAUGAACGCAGCCGCAGUGGUGGACGAAGGGAUAAUCCAUUUGUGAAUCCUUGGGCAACUGAUGAUGGCGGCUUUAAUGGAGGCGGCGGAAGCAGUGGUGGCUUUGGAGGUGGUAGUUUUGGCGGCAAUGGCGGUUUCGGAGCCAAUAGUUUUGGCGGUGGUGGCAGUGGCGGUUUCGGCGCUGCUGCUGGUCCCAUGGGUGCCAACAGCUUUGGCGGAGGCUUUGGUGGCCAAGGAGCUGGUUUUGGAGGCAAUAAUGGUGGUGGAUUUGGAGGUGGCGGUUUUGGUGGUGCUGUCAGCCAAGGUGGCUUUGGUGCAGGCAUGAGCCAAGGGGGCUUUGGCGGUGGUCCCAGCAUGGGUAAUGGCAUGGUUGGGCCAUCAGGCACCUCUGGCUUUGGGGCCAAUGGCAGUGUACCCAAUAAUAUAACAGGCACCUUGCCCGAAGGUCAUGAUCCCAAGAACAGUACACAGGUUUCUAUUCCCAAAGAUAUGGCAGGUGCCAUUAUUGGCAAAGGCGGCGGCCGCAUUCGUCGUAUUCGCAAUGAAUCAGGUGCUUACAUAACCAUUGAUGAGCCCUUGCCCGGUUCCACAGACCGCAUCAUUACCAUUUCUGGUAACCCCAAGCAAAUACAGAUGGCCCAGUAUUUGUUACAACAGAGCGUCCACGAUAACAACCAGCGUAAAAAUUUCUAAACAAACUUAAAAAUUCCUUAAUCCAAGAAACAAUUAAAAAACAAAACAAAAACAAAAAUAAUUUUAUUUUAUAUAUAUUAAUAAAUAUAUACAUAUAUAAGUGAGAGCUCCACCAAAAUGUCCAUUGUGUCCUCCUCCUGUUGCUUCCUGAUCUGGAACCAUGUAUUUCCAACUCUAGAACCCCACAUCCAACAAGAAACAGACGAAAGUAUUCAGUAGUCAAUUGGAUAACAUAACCAAACAUCUGUGUUUACCCAAAAACAAGAGCUGGAGAAGAAGCUGGAUUAUCGAUACAAUGAUGACCACACAACAGAAGUUUAAGGAUUUCGUCUAAGUGUUUCAUAUUCAUCCAAAAAGCAUAGCCAACACAACACAACACACACCAAGAGGCAACUUUUAGCCAAACCCAAAGUUUGUUGCACUUUCUAACUCCUCUCCCUUCGAGAAAGGUUUCUAUUUCAUUUCUCCUCUUCUUAAUCGCCCCCUCCCUCCCUAUGUUUAAGUAUAAAUGUAAAAUUAAAUUUGCGGAAAGCGAAUAAUUUUUUCUAUUUAGUUUUGUGUCUCAUGUUUUGAGUGUUUGUCGCCAUGCCUGCGACAAGAUGUAAGACUUGGCUGCUUCCAAGUAUGUAGUAAGACCCAAAAAGGGGAGUAACACAACAGGAAAGUGGGCGGGCGGACGCAUUGCUUAUAUCUUUAUUUCGUAUAAAAUCUAAGAUAUGCCGUAAAAAUAGUUUAUAUUUUUUAUUUUAGUUUUUGUUUAUAAACAAACAAACAAAAAAAUAUAAUAAUAAUAAUAAAA